CUGUUCUUUAGUUCUUGAAAUGGCAAAGCACUUUCUCCUGCUGAAUCUAUUAGCAGUACUAAGUUUCUGCUGUGUUGUGUUAGCUUUUGAGCCAAGUCCAUUGCAAGAUUUCUGUGUGGCUGAUUCUGCUAGCACAGCUAAGGUGAAUGGCUUAGCUUGCAAAGAUCCCAAGUCUGUUGGAGCAGAGGACUUUUUCUUCAGUGGCCUACAUUUGGCUGGAAACACAUCAAACACUUUUGGCUCUAAGGUCACUCCUGCCAAUGUAGCUCAAAUUCCAGGACUGAACACUCUAGGUAUCUCACUGGCACGCGUCGACUAUGCACCAUGGGGAAUUAAUCCUCCUCACACUCACCCAAGAGCUACUGAGAUAGUCACAGUCCUUGAAGGUUUUCUUCAAGUUGGUUUUGUAACUUCAAAUCCUGAAAAUCGCCAUAUUACUAAGGUCCUUAAAAAAGGCGAUGUGUUUGUUUUCCCAAUUGGACUUGUUCACUACCAACGCAACGUGGGAAAAGGAAAUGCUGUUGCUAUUGCUGCUUUGAGUAGUCAGAAUCCUGGUGUUAUAAGCAUUGCUAAUGCAGUUUUCGGAUCUGAACCAGCUAUAGCAGCAGAUAUUCUUGCCAAAGCUUUUCAAGUUGAUGCCACUGUUGUUGCUCAGAUACAAUCAAAAAUUUAAGCAGCAAGACUACU